AGCGAUGGCGGCGCCGCUGGCGGCUCCGGGCGGCGCCGGGGCCGGGCCCGGGGCCGGGGCCGGGGCGGGAGCGGCGCGGAGCGGGCGCGGGCCGGCGCUGCGGGAAGGGGCGCGGGUGUCGGCGCUGUGCCUCGCCUGGUACGGGCUGAGCGCCGGCGGUAACGUGGUGAACAAGCUGCUGCUCGGCGGCUUCCCCAGGCCCGUCACCGUCUCGCUGUUCCACAUCCUGGGGCUGUGCGGGCUCCUGCCGCCGCUGCUCCGCGCCUGGCGCGUCCCGCCCGCCGGCCCCGCGCAGCUGCCGCCCCGCGCCUACCCCCGCUACAUCCUCCCGCUCGCCUUCGGCAAGUACUUCGCCUCCGUGUCCGCGCACGUCUCGCUCUGGAGGGUCCCCGUGUCCUACGCGCACACAGUGAAAGCCACGAUGCCGAUCUGGGUGGUUCUGCUGUCACGGAUCAUCAUGAAGGAAAAGCAGACGACGAAGGUGUACCUGUCUCUGAUCCCCAUCAUCACUGGUGUCCUGCUGGCCACGGUCACAGAGCUGUCCUUUGACAUGUGGGGACUCAUCAGUGCACUUGCUGCUACUCUGUGCUUUUCACUUCAGAACAUCUUCUCAAAGAAGGUGUUGAGAGAUUCCCGAAUUCAUCACCUUCGGUUGCUGAACAUCCUCGGGUGCCACGCUGUGUUCUUCAUGAUCCCCACGUGGGUUCUGGUGGAUCUUUCUUCUUUCUUGGUAGAGAAUGACUUGAGCACCAUGUCUCAUUGGUCCUGGACCUUGAUGCUGCUUAUAAUCAGUGGAUUCUGUAAUUUUGCCCAGAACGUCAUUGCCUUCAGUAUCCUUAACCUGAUCAGCCCCCUCAGUUACUCGGUGGCCAACGCCACCAAGAGAAUCAUGGUGAUCACCGUGUCCCUGAUCAUGCUGCGCAACCCCGUCACCAGCACCAACGUGCUGGGCAUGAUGACAGCAAUCCUGGGGGUCUUCUUGUACAACAAGACAAAAUACGAUGCAAACCAAGAGGCAAAGAAGCAGCAGCUGCUCCCAGUCACCACUGGAGACCUGGUGAACCUGGAACGGCACCGGAACGCUCCCGAGAAAUCCCAGAACGGAGUCGCGGCCUUUGCCCAGCACGGGGAUUUCCAGUACGGCCGCAGCAAUGUCCUCACAGACCACUUCCAGUACAGCAGGCAGAGCUAUCCAGCCUCCUACAACCUGAAUCGUUUUGAUAUUUAGGAUCCUGGCAGACAGGUACAGACUGUGAUAUCAAAGUGUCCCCAGCAUUAUCAGAAAACUCUUAGUACAUCCGUGAAUGUCACAAAGCCAUUGAACUGUGCAGGUUUGGCAGCAGGGCAGGUGCUUGUGGAGGGGAGUGGUGCAGGACCUGCAGCUGCUGCUGGGCAGAGCUUUAAACCUGGAACAGCCACACCUGACACUGGAACCAAACCCACAGAGCAGAUUCUGGUGAGGUGCACGUGUCAGUGCCCAGUGGAACAUCUGUCACUGCUCCUUUCAGAGUCUGCCAGCUCAUUGUUCUCUUGGCAGCUGAAUUCUGGCCAGUAUCAGUUUCCAUGCUGGUAAUGUCACCUUUAACUUGUUCUCUAAUAACGGUUCAAUGAUAUUUUUAAUGAAGCUUUCAGAAAGAAGUGAAAGCAAGGGGUACUUGUGCUUAUCAGGAUUUGUCUGAGGAGGAUUGGCUGAGGUGGAUCAGCUGCAGGCAGGUAAACUCGAGUUCAUCUCCAGCAGCUGUGGAACUUUUGUGGAUAUUCACAGCUCUUGUGCCUCUGCCUUCAGUCCUGGAUGAAAACCAGAAGUGUUUCUGGAGGAGCAGGCAGUGGAAGGAUUGAUCUCUCCCAGAACUGCUUCAGGCACAGAAAACACAGUUCUCCAAAUCACUGGUCAAGGCAGAAAACAACCAGGCCCAUUAAAAUCAUCAUUGUUUUCUGAAUCAUGUAGUCCUGUAACUCCAUUGCUGUCCCUUGGCCAUGCAGGAAACUCUUUCACAAAUAAAAGUGUUUGGAAUAAUAUGAUAUUAUUUUUUUACUUGCUUCACACCUGUUCUUUCAAAGCUGUUUUGUUGCUUUAGAAAUUGAAAGAUGAAAGGUGUUUUGUUCUCAGUUUUAUGCAUAAGUUAUGGUCUCCUAUAGGAGUCAUAUGUUUUGAAUGCAUUGAUUUGAACAAUCAUCAUUAUUAAUUGUUUCUUAAAUCUCUUUAGCCCCUAAUUGUUUGGAUUUUUAAAAUUUCUUAAUUACUGCUGUUGGAGUAGCUGUGUGGAUUUAGCCUGACUUUCAUUUCCUGCUGGAAGAAGUUAAAUUUUGUAUCCUGUGCUGUUCCUGCAACUCCCCCAGCUCGAGUAAGAAAUUACAGAAAAAUUGUUUGAAGCAGCAGUAAAUAGAGAAUUUUUGCUUAAGAACUGAUUCAGUAUAAAUUCUAGACAAGGUGAUUGUGUGUGUCAGGCACUGCAUUUGUGCAUGGAAGGGAUGAAACUUUCAUUCCUUUGAAUGAAAUUCCUUGGAAUGAAGUGAAACCCAGUUUGGAACUUGGGUUUCACUGAAUCAGAUUUUUCUGUCGUUGCUUUAGCAAAAGAUUUUAGGGGCCUUCUUUCCUUCCCAGACUGUUGUACAGUGAGACUUUGACAGCAUAAGUUUUAUGCUUUUAACCAGAGAGGUACCAGACCAGUGACAAAAUUAAAGGUGUUGCACAGAACACUCCUCUUAUUUAUUGCUUUACAAAUGACCAUUUCCAUGAUGUGAGAUGAUGAUUUGGCUCCUUUCUGGAUAAUAAAGAAUUUAUUUUUAAGUGCAAAAUCAAGCUGAUCUUAUUGUUUUGGCUGCUGGGGUGGUAGUUACAUGAACAGCCUUCCACCAGAGAGUCCAAAAGAGGAAAUGAUCCUUCUGAAACCUCAGAGAUGGGUUAAAAAUGCUGCUGCUGUGUGUGAGCAGAACUGCUGGAGUUCAGUCUGUUUGUGCAGGCUGAGAACUCGAGCUUUUGGUAGAAAAUCUAAAUAAAUCUGUCCCUAACCUGGGUGAACA